GUUCACUCGUCCUGGUCAUUAGGGAAUCCGAUCCUGAUCCAAUGGGCCAAUGGGCCUCGUUCCCUCCUCUUUCCUAGGUGGCUUACGGCGGGUCCUGGAGCCAUUGGAAAGCUGGUAACGCUGAACUCCGGCCCAGCCACGACGUUUCUUUCCUGUGCAGCCGUUUUGGGCAAUGAGCGAGACAGAGUGGUGGACCACUAGUAUAUGUUGUAGAGGCGCGCCCAUUCUCUUACUUCGACUGCUUAAGUUUAUCCAUCGUUUUCCGGAAGCCAUUUGGGAUUCUGUGAUGACUGUUCACAUCAUCUCGCGAUUGUGAUUACUGAGCCGUCUAGAACCCGACAAGCACGAUCCCCCGCCUGAACUCAUUUAUCCUCGCGGACCCUGGGUCUCAUCAGUUUCCAUAUUGUCCAAGAACCUGCGGAUGGCCAACUGGACGUCGCUUCAUUCACCUCAGUAAUGGAAUCUGCCUGCACGGUCCCAGGUGAGAAUACAACCGCCGCGAUGGAUGUGUCGAGCAAUGAGUUGCAUCUCCUCGGCCUGCCCCUUGAGAUCCGCCUCCAGAUAUACGGUUGGGUCCACGCGGCACAUCCAGUAGGGCACGCGCAGCUCGCGCCGUGGUAUCCGAAUCCAAUACAUAGGAAAAUCGUAAAAGUCAUCGGCAAACCUUCGGGAGAAGAAGACGACUCCAGCAAAGACCAGAAGAAUGAAGAGUCGUCGCUGCUGUCGCCAAACCGUCCAAUCUCCGGUAUCCCCUCGGCGCUCCUGGAGACCAACAGGCAAAUUUACAACGAGUGCCGGUCCUUCCCCUUCCACACCAAUGAGUUCGUCUUUGUCAACUGGUUCUCCUCUGGACUCUGGGCGGCGCGGGCCUUUACGCGCGGUCUGCGGCCAUGGCAGCGCGAUGAGAUGCGGUGGGCGCGACUUGAGAUGCUCGGCCGGGACUUCACAGGCCCGGCCCUCAAGGAAUGGACUGAACUGUGUGAGCACUGGGCGUCCGGGCUUCGGGGGCUGAGGCUCAAGAUCUUGAUCGGAGGUGGGAUAUUCGAACCGACCGCCCCGUUUGCUGCGCUGAAAAACAAUGCAGAGGCCCAAGCCAUGGGACUGGGCUCCAAGACGACAAGGCCCGAUCCCAGGCCGGAAUGGAUCGAGGAAGGGUUGCGGAAGCUGAAGGCGUUGAGGAGGCUGGAGGUCGAGCUUUCGGUGCUGGAUUGGGGUGAUGGGGAGAAGCUCGAGUGGUGUUCUGAGCUCGGAAGGAUGUUGAACAUCGGUAGGGAAGAGGAGAGCCUCGUCGUUGUGAGGUGUGUCGAGAAGCUUAAGGAGGACAGUGGGUCAAAAAGGCGAGUCUUUGAUGGCAUUGCGCAGUGCUGAGCUCCCUGCUGAGUAUUCCUCAAGCAUAGACUGGGAUAUAUGGCUUUCAGGGUGAUGGCUGUUGGCUAUUGACCCUCAAAGUCCAAACGACGAAGACGGAAGACUAGAGGUGUGUUUGAAAAUCAGUUGUCAUGCUGAGAAUGAAGUCGAAUUGAGGUACUGUUAUUGGGUCAGGAGCCAGGCGUUUUGAGGAUGCAACUGGGAGUAUGGUAUUAGGCAUAUUGCAAUAUUGGUUGUGGUUACUAGGAAUGAUAUCUCCGUUGUUAUAUGAGGCAAGACCUAAUAUUCACUGUUCAAGUCCGGAGGUAGGUGCUAUUGCUCACUCCUGCCAUCCUUCCAUCUGAAGGUGACCCAUCCGGCCAUACCUUCCUUCUUUCUUCGCCUACUUCGAAAAAAUCUCUGGCUGCUUUUCUUUUC